AUGACGUCGUCCCUCGAUGAAGAAAUCUUGGGUGAGGAUAUUACAGAGCACGAGGAAGGUACUCAGAGCAGUCCGCCCGAUGAAAUCAAACCGCCGCCAUACAAGUCGUUCCGAAAGAAGUAUCGCAAGAUGCGAAUAAAGUUCGAUGAAGUGAUGCGCCAAAGUAAUAAUUUGUUUAUGGAGGAGCAGUUGGCGGAUGAGACAGCAAAGAAGUUGGCGCGCGAAAAUGAUCGGCUCAUGGAUUUACUACUAGAUAUUAAUAACUCUGCUCAAAUACCAGCCGAUAAGCGCAUCGAUUUGAGUCUCAGUGGACCUGCUCUUGCAGACGUUCCUGCUCUAGUCACAAAAGAAGAGCUUGCGAGAGUUGCCGAAGACACAUCACCCGAAGGUCAAGCCCUCUAUAAAGAGCUCCAGGAUUUAUUGAAGGACAGAGAUGACACGAACACUACGGAUAAACCAACCCAGUCUCUUGCGAAACUCAUGUCGACCGUUCCACAUAUAUCUUUGAAGAAUCCUCACGUCUCUCCUGAAUCAUUGGCUGAUUUCGAGCCUCAACCGGGAAAAAAGUAUCCAAUCGGUUACAUGUCUUUGGAAGAAAUGGAUAAAUACCUUCACGAAGUUGAUGCGUCAAUUAAUAUAGUCCCUGGUAUGGCGACCGUCGUCUAUCCUCCUACAGCACAAGAUGUUACACUUAAGAAUCCUCAUAGUGUUCUCAAUUGGCUUCGACGCCAUGAACCUAAGAUAUUCCUUCAAGAUGGUGAAGGUCCUAUCGAAAAGAUAAACACCAAACCUGGUGCUCUACGUGGAGCAGGAAAACGCAUUCAUAUUCCCGCGCCCGCACGUCAAGAUUCCUUAGAAAUUGUCGAAGAGGAUGGCAUUGGCUAUGAUGCUACGUUAAGCGGAAACAGCUCUAAAAUCAAACGAAAGCGAGAUGCCGAAGAUGAUGGUGGAUAUACACCCAAAUCUGGUAACCCAAUCAAUAAGACUAAGAGGCAAAGACCGUCAAAAAAGAAGUCUGAUCCACCUGGCGAGACCACUCCUUCCUCGAGCUCGAGAAAGAGUAAAUCGAGAGCAAAACUUUCAUCGCCUGUCGACACGGGUCCAACCCCGCAUCCUUUUGGUCCAAUCGAUUAA